CUCCGCCCACCCAGACAUUCUCAGGCAGACGCCGGACUAGCGAAGCAGCGAACCCGACUGUUGGAGGACGGAUUGUCUGUGAGGAACCCAGAGAGCGAGAGAUCUCGGGAGUACAUGAAGCCGAGUGUUAACUCCAGGCUCUGUUUUACCACACAAAGUCGGUUUACGUUAGGUAACGAUGACUACAUCGGGGGCCUUGGAUCGAAUGGAACUCUGUGAAAGCCUCUUGACAUGGAUCCAGACAUUUGGAGUGGAGGCUCCAUGCAAGACAGUAGAAGACUUGACAAGUGGUAUCGUCAUGGCCCAAGCUCUACAGAAAAUAGAUGUAGUGUAUUUCAAUGACUCUUGGAUUAGUAGAGUCAAGCCAGAGGUUGGAGACAACUGGAGGUUAAAGAUCAGCAAUCUAAAGAAAGUUCUAAAAGGCAUCCUAGACUAUAACCAGGAGAUCCUAGGUCAGCACAUUAACGACUUCACGCUACCAGAUGUUAACCUUAUUGGUGAGCACUCUGACGCAGCAGAACUUGGGAGGAUGCUUCAACUUAUACUGGGCUGUGCUGUCAACUGUGAACAGAAACAAGAAUAUAUCCAGACCAUAAUGAUGAUGGAGGAGUCAGUGCAGCAUGUUGUCAUGACAGCCAUCCAAGAGCUGAUGAGUAAAGAGACACCGGUGAUGGGAGGAAGUGACUCGUAUGUGGAUCUAGACAGACAGCUGAAGAAGACAGCAGAGGAGCUGAAUGAUGCUUUGUCUACCAAGGAAGAGAUCGCCCAGAGGUGCCGCGAGCUUGACAUGCAGGCCCUCCAUGUCCAAGAGGAGCGUGAUAGACUGAGGUUAGACUUUAAUGAGCUAGAAGAGAGGGUGGCAGCCCUGCAAGAGGAGAAGAGCAGUUUGCUGGCAGAAAACCAGAUCCUGAUGGAGAGACUUAACCAGUCUGACUCCAUAGAGGACAUAAACAGCCCUGCCGGACGCAGACACCUCCAGCUGCAGACACAACUGGAGCAACUGCAGGAAGAAACGUUUAGGUUGGAGGCAUCAAAAGAUGAUUAUCGGAUCCGUUGCGAAGAGCUUGAAAAAGAACUCUUGGAUGUCAAGUCGCAGAAUGAAGAGCUUGCGUCGCUGGCUGAUGAAGCCCAGUCUCUCAAGGACGAGAUGGAUGUCCUCCGGCAUUCAUCAGACAAAGUGUCAAAGCUGGAGGGCACAGUGGAGCACUACAAGAAGAAACUAGAGGACAUGGGACUUCUCAGGAGACAGAAUAAGCUUAUGGAGGAGAAGAACACAUUGUUAAUGCAGAGCACCGUCAGUUUGGAAGAAGAGUUACGAAAGGCGAAUGCUACCAAAGGCCAGCUGGAGACGUACAAGAGACAGGUGGUCGAACUUCAGAACAGACUGUCAGAAGAGUCUAAAAAGGCCGACAAGAUGGAGUUUGAGUACAAACGCGUCAAAGAGAAAGUGGACUCUCUACAAAAAGAAAAAGAUCGUAUGCGGACGGAGAGAGACUCUCUGAAGGAAACUAUUGAGGAGCUACACUGUGUCCAAGCCCAGGAGGGACAGCUUACAUCAGGUUUGUUCCCAAUGGUCAGCAACGAUGGCUCUGAUUCGCUGGCUGCUGAGAUCACCACCCCAGAGAUUCGAGAACAUUUGAUUCGUCUUCAGCAUGAGAACAAGAUGUUGAAGCUGGCCCAGGAGGGAUCAGACAAUGAGAAGAUUGCACUGUUGCAGAGUCUGCUGGAGGAUGCCAGCAGAAGAAAGAAUGAACUGGAGACAGAGAACAGGUUAAUCAAUCAGCGCCUGAUGGAGGAACAGAGUCAGGUGGAGGAGCUACAGAAAAAUCUUCAAGAACAGGGUUCUAAAGCAGAUGAUACUGCAUCUUCCAUUCUGAAGAAGAAAUAUGAGGAGCACAUGGAGAAAGUACGAGAGUUGAACAAUGAGUUACUGAAGAAGAAUGCCUUCAUCGAUGAGAUGGAGCCGAAAUACAACAGCAGCUCCCAACGAGUGGAAGAGCUGGAGGAGGCGUUGAAGAAGAAAGAUGAAGACAUGAAACAGAUGGAGGAGAGAUAUAAGAAAUACCUGGAAAAAGCCAAGAGUGUGAUCCGGACCCUGGACCCCAAACAGAACCAGGGUUCAGGCCCAGAGGUCCAGGCCCUGAAGAACCAGCUGCAGGAGAAGGACAGGAUGUUGCACUCAUUGGAGAAAGAGAUGGACAAGACAAAAAGCCAGAGAGAUUAUGAGGAGAAACUGAUUGUGUCAGCCUGGUACAAUAUGGGCAUGUCUCUGCAGAAGAAGGCGGCUGAAGACAGACUUGCCAACACCGGUUCUGGUCAGUCCUUCCUGGCCCGGCAAAGACAAGCCACCAGCACACGCCGCUCCUAUCCGGGCCACGUCCAGCCAGCUACCGCAAGAUCCAUGAGGUAGAGAUGCCAGCAAUGUCACUGCAUGACUGGCACACCAACGAACUGGCCAAACGUUGUGUGGCUCAGCCCUACCUGUUUUUGGCCUGCGCUGGCCCCAGGCUGGGUUAGGCUAAGGCACACGAUGCAUGAACUACCUGCCUGCCUACUGUUUGCAUGACUUUGCAUUGACACGACUUGCAAAUAACCAGCGCACCAGCAGCAGCAUGAGCACUAACAACCGUUUGCAGUGUCAUGCAUUGUAUCCUCCAGACAAGUCUGGGGGGGCCAGCAAUUUAGCUCCUUUCCAGUUCCUUGCUUUUCAUAUUCUCCUGCUCGUUGUUACCCUCUCCAUUCCUAUACUAUUCUCCCCCUCUCUCCCCCUCUCCCUCUUUAUGGACACGCCACACCGCAUCAAGUCUGUUACAAUUCAGCUGUUACAAACACCAAGGACAGGGGCAGAAUAUCGCAGUAGUCUGUCAAUCCAGCAGUUGAUCUCCCAAUAUGCCUUUUCUGCAGUGUGUAACCUGGCUGCUUCAGGGUACCUCAGUGACAUAUUUCCACACAUGUGUUUUUAUUGACAUGGUUGGAGGAGAGUCUGCGUAGAGCAUUAGCGUUGGAGAAAUAUUUGAGAGGUGCGACCUGCAAAUCAGUCUGCAUGACAAAAAAAGUGUGCCGGCUUGUCCUCAACAUGUUGCUAGAUGGCUUCUUAGAAGUGGUUUUACCUCAAGUAUUAGUGAGUACAACAAGGAGAGCUUAUGGGGCAUUGCUGUGAUGCCCUGCAAGCAUUUGGACAGUUUGCAGUAGGAUGGCAAGAAUAAGUGUUUUUAAAAUGAAUAACAUUGUUACAGGUAUGCUUUUAUACUGGAUACAAGCCCCUAUUAAGCCUGCUUUCAGUUUUUCUUUAGAUGGAAUUUAGGACACUUAAAUACAUUUUACCACAAAACGUGAACAAAAGUCAAUAGAAUAAUUGCCUGUUUUAUUGGAAAAUAAGGAUGUAACUGUACAUUAGCUCACGUAAGCUAAUGUACAGUACUUUUUGUUGGCUUGACAAGGCCAACUAUUUCUAAAACGUUGACAGGGAAACCAUUGUAAAGGAUAAAACCCUUAUUCAACACAUUUCGGACAGUUCACACUAUAGUAACUGUAGCAUUUCUUUCACAGUGUUUCAGUUUUCAAAGUGUUUCAGUGUUCCGUUAACCCAACCUAACAGAACCGGUAUGUGAAAAACAGUUUGGGCAUUAACAGAAAAGGUUUUAUAGUAUCAGUAAUAGGGAAAUUUACCUUAGUGUUAAAUAAAUGUCUUAUUUAAUUUAUUUACAGAGCGUCUUAAAAGUAUGUUGAUAAAAGAGUAAGAAAGAAAGAAAGAAAACAAACACCUGGGCCUAAUGAUAUGUGCAUAUUUAAGUCAUAAUUGCAUACAUUUUUCAAAUGAGAGAUUGUUUAAUCCUCAAAUUUAGUGCCUUUGUUUAAAAUACAAUAAGAAAACAAGACUGGCUGGUCUUUUAAAGACUAAAGGCAGAAAGGCAUGCCACAUUUAAUUGUAUUGUGUUAUUUGAGAAAAUAGAGAAAAAAACAAUGCCUUAGAUGAGCUUUAAUCUCAUCUACAUAAUACAUUUCUUGACCGAAAACUUUUAUUCAAAUUAAGUAGACUUAAUGAGGGCUUUUCUUCUUUGUAUUUUAACCUAUUUUACUCAUAAAUGUUAUAUUGUUUAACCUUGGAUUAAUUCAUGCCAUGCAUUUUUAUCUUAAUGGCUUAUUUAUUCUUUUGCCGCUUGUACAGCAGUGUUAUUAUUAUUAUUAUUAUUAUUUUUUUAUAAUAUCAGUAGUAUUAUAACAAAACCACUUAUACUGUUACAAUGGAUAGGAAGUUUCCAUACAUUAAAAUACUGUUAAAUACUUGUCUUAUGCAACAAAAGGAGGAGAUGGUAAAAUAGUGUAGUGGCUGUCUCCAUUUAAUGAAAAUGACACAAAGGUUAUUACCGGUGUCAUCUGAGACCAGUGGAAAACAGAGAAAUGGUGCAAUGUUCCAUUUACCUCAAGUCUUUUCAGGAAGAGGAGUUUCUUUGAAAACACGUUAUGUUUGAAACGGAAUGUUUUCUCAUUAACAAAAAAAGCACAUUUUUAGACUUUUAAUUCAUUGUAUUGUGAAUUUACUUUGACCCUACAAAUGAUUUUUUUCCCAGUGUUUUAGCGAUAGCAACAAAGACGCCGGCCGUGUUCAUGGGAAAAGGCCUUAUAGCUGUUGGGCAUGCGUAUGUAAAUGCAUUAAAAUAAACUGUGGUCAGAUGUUUGGAUAACUUGAAUAAACAAGGAUUCUACAUUUUGGCAUCAAAUAAAUUAGAUUUCUAGAAGUGAGCUGUGAAAUCACAUUUGUGGUAUGAAUUAAUUUACAGAGUGAUAAAGUUGUGAUGCUUUGUCCAGCUCUCUACUUGUUUCUGUCCAAAUCGGUUUUGUAAACCACUUGCCAUUAACAUUCAGCUGUAAGUUCUAUUACACAGAAGUCUUUUAACCGUCCAUCCCCACGAGUCAUUGGUUUGCUAAGAAAUCUGUAUAUAUUGGAACCCAUCCACAUUGUGGUUGACCUGUUUUUUAAGGGAUAUUAGGGAAACAUUUUCUGUUAUUUAAUAUCUUUCUAAGAGAAACCUUUUAUCCCCCAUCAAGUCAGCCACUGUAGUUUGUUGCUCAUUUGUGUCUGUGUAUAUACUUAGUAUUUCUGGCAAGUAAUGAGUAACGCGGGAAAGUUUAUCACAGUAAUAUAACCAGAAAAACUGGCUUCAGAAGCUAGCUAGUUUCUGCUAUUUUCAGACCUAAUGCCAAUUUCCUCUUAACAAAGAAGCAAAGGUGACAUUCAAUAUACUGUUCAAGCUCUAACCCCAAAUAUUUCCUUGAUAUUCAUGUUUGAGAACAAAAGACUGAAUGAAGUCCUCAUCUGAAAACCUGAUCAUAAUUCGGUGUAUUACUUAUAUGCCUCAGCUAAAGAAAGUACACAGUGCGUUACUUGACUGCUAUAUUGCAAUGUCUAAAGUGUAUUAGAGAGAUGACACAAACAACAUGAGGAAUAUUAUCACUACGCGUGCAGUGUUUGCUGUAUUUUUUUACUCAUUGGAAAACUUUUCUUUACAUAUUGAAGUAGCAAAUAACCUUCCAUUUGCCAAGUUUUAUAUUGCUUGUAUACAAACACACUAUGUACAUAUUAAUUGUGACAGUGGUAGAGGAGGUGUCUGGCCAUUUGGGAAUGAGAUGAGUCCCAUGUCAUAGCAUCUGUCCAAUGAGGACCUGUUGAUGAAAAUGUGCUUCCUGCAUUGCAAAACUUGGAAAUUACAUUUUAAAUAAAGCUUGUAUAAAAC